AGCGACGAGUUAAAUGCUUAGAGGUAACAGCCGACCUGAAAAAACAAACCAACAGACCACUCAUAAUAAGAAUCAGGUUCAUAUGUGCGUUCGAGCUCUUCGACUUGGUACCGAAGACUAGAUCAUAACUCCCGACUGAAUAACACCCAGGAUUUGAGCCGAUCGCCUAUGAGUCAUGUUGAAAAACUUCCCUCCCUCUUCUCUCUCACUCCGCCUCACCCCCCCCAGAAAAGCCCCACAAGUGCCAUAAAAUCCGUUUGCCCGGGUGCGGGGUUUCGCUCUCACGGACGGACAGCACGGCAGCCUGUGUCGGACCAAUUACCGGGCCCGUCUCCGCACUGCCCCGCCGAGCGUGUUUUCCUGGGCGGCUUCUGCUCUCUCUCUCUCUCGACCCGGACAGUCAGUCAGCAGCAGCAGCGGCAGCAGCAGCAGCGGCAGCGCCAACGGUACAGGACAGAGACGAACAAGUUUUGCAAUGGGCUCGUCUUGGGCUUUAGUCUGCUCCACCGUGUUGGUCUCGGUCUUACUGAGCUCGGCAUCCAAGGAUGAGCACAUCUUUGAGCAGCGUGAAGUCACUUUUGACCCUAACAAAAAAGAGAUAGAAACACCAGAUUCAUUCAUGUUGCAGAGAGAGGUGGAAUGGACAGAUCUCUUCAAUCCCAAGGACUUCUUAGUUGAGCAGGUAAUAGUGUCUCCACCCAAAGAGCUCGAUACCCAUAUGAGUUCCAGACCAGGAUCCUUGAGACCAAUGGAACACCCUCGAAGUUUUGGGCCCCGUUCUCAUGGUGGCCCUCUCAUUCUGGACUACCCUGUUCAGUUUCCUCUUGGCCGUCCAACCUCUGACAAUCUCCAGGCCAUCUGUCUCCAUGGAUACCGUCGUCCUAGCUACCCAGACUCUUACUUUCCUGCCUCUGGUUUUGGUCAGCAGAGGCGAAGGGCCAGCGCUGUCAAUAAAGCAGAGUCCUGGUUUAGCACAUGCUGCCAAGAAAACAGGACGUGGGUUAGGGAAGUGAUGCUAUGUUGUGCCACACAGGCGUGGGAGCUAUCAGUCAAAUCCUUCUGUGAGGAGGACUCUUCAGUAAAGGAUCGGCUGUACGAGUGCUGCAGACUAACAGGCAGCGACAUGCUAACAUGCUUCGACACCAACGCACCAAACCCAAACUAUGAACCAACAGAGGAGAUCCCGUUGCCACCGCUCCCCUCUACUGCCAGCUUCAGCUUUGACCCCAACACUUGCCAGAGGACAGUGAUGACUCCAUACAGUGUCACAGGAAACAGACGAAAGAAGGAGAAAAAACCAUCUACUUCCAAGAAAACUGACAUCAACUUUCCUCCUGGACGACCCACUGCAGAAUCUAUUGAAUCAGUGUGUCUCAACCAGAACCUACGACCCCUUUAUAAUGUCAAGUGCCUGCCAGGUUCAGGCUAUGGAGGGCUGGCUCGUCGGGCAAAGACCAUUAAUCGUAUGGAGAAGGGAUUCAAGCAGUGCUGCAAAAAGAAGCAGGAUGUGCUCAACUGUGCUGAUCGGAAGUGGCGUGAGGAGCUUGACAAGUUUUGCUUGGAUAAGAAUGGUGGACACGUGGAUUUCUACUGUUGUUCGGGUGAUGUGGCAAAUGAUCGAUACAACUGUUUCCAAAAGAUUUCUCCUGACCCUCAUUAUAAUAUGACUUCUGCCACUGAAGAGCUCUCACUUAACAACAUAUGUGACACUCAUAAGAUCAUCAAGAAGAAGUUUCCUGUUGGUUUCCCUCUCAAAAGCUUUGUUGACCAAUGCUGCCCCCUGUCUGAACAAGACAAGACCAAUUGUUCUGUGCAAAAGCUUCAGGAAAUAUCAGAGACCCUGUGUUCACCAGGGAGGGCUUCUCCUCCAGCCGUCCGCCGCUGUUGCCGCCUGCCUUCACAGAAGACAUCACAGUGUCUCUCCAAAAUUCUCAUGGAUGCCAUCACCAAAGCCACCAAUGUCUUACGUCAGAAGAAAAAGAAAAUGUGCCCGCUCUCCUAAACCCUUAUGGCCUUUUGCUGCUGACCCUACAAGCGCUUGGCCAGUAGGCUUCAGGAAAAUGGUAAAAUAGCAGCAAAGGUAGCCUCCAUUCAGUCAAGAGGAAAAAUUAUUGCAGCACAAAUCCCACUUAAAGGUCUGUAAGAUGAAAAGAAUAUACAAAAUAUGGACCAAAUUCCAGCUUAAUGUAUUGCAUAUGUUUGUCUGAGAUCACAUGAGAAGCACUGCUAUCAGAAGAAUACAUUUAUAAAUAAAUGUAUUGUUAAGUGCAUAGUUUAUAAAAGUUUCACUGUACCACUAUUUUUAUAGACUGCUUUUUACAUAUUUGAUCAUGAAUUAUAUGCAUUUUCUUGAUUCCUUGGGAGCUGCAAGAUCAGUUCUCUUUUUUUUAUAUAGUUUUGUGGUUAAGAUCAUAUCUACGACAAUUCUAAUAAAGACAUUUUUUAAAUGUA